AUGUCUCUUGGGCCCCGCGGCGUGGCUGCCUGCCCCGCGACGGGGGCCGACCUCACGCCGAUGCGCGAAAAGGCGACGCGCUGGAGUGUGUGGCGUAACGGCGCGUCCGGGCCCAUGGCGACCGGGGCGAUGGCGCCGGGGGCCACUCGCCGAGGGGGCCAGAUGCCGAUGUGGCGGGCGGCGCGCGGCGGGGCCCUGGUGAGGGCGGCGUGCCGGAAUGGUGCCGAGACGCGCAAAUACGAGGAGGGGGAUGAAUCAAAAGGCGGACUUUGGGCGUCCACGGCGAUCGCGCUCGUGGCGGGCGCCGUUUUCUCGGGAACCGCCUGGGCGGACGUCGACCAGGUGGCGGAGUACCGGCGCCUGAUACAGGAGCGCAACGGCGGGGCGCCCCUGCCCGAGCUCAAGUCGUCGCCGACGCUCAGGCAGCGCCAGCAGGCCCGCCGCGGGUCCCCCCGGCCGCUUGAGUCAGCCCCGGCGACCCUGUUCGAAAACUCAUCAGCACCACCCACCAGCGCCGCUCCUGCCGAGGCGGAAGGGGAUUCGGAUGCCGGCGGAUCGAGCCUGGGGGCUGCGGUGCUUGCGGCCGGCCUAGGCCUGCUGUUCCUCCUGCAGAAAAAGGAGUCGGACGAUUUGGAGGUCAAGCUGGAGGAGCAGGGCCAGGAGCAGGAAGUGCAGGUGAAUGCCCUGGAAGGCAAGCUGCAGCAGGCGCUAAGCGCGGCCGAGGAAGAGAAACGGCUGCUUUCGGAGUUUAGGUCCGAGAGCGGGGCCGCAAAGGCGGAGAUGGAACGGAGAAUGGAGCUGGAGAAGAGGGAGAGGGAGGCCCUGGAGAGGGAGAAGGCGAUCGGUAAGGAGGCGCUGAGGGAGGAGAAGGCGCUGGUCGAGGCGAUGAGGAGGGAGGCGUCGGCGAUGGAGGAGGCGCUGGAGGCGGAGAAGGCGGCGAUCUACGCGGCCAAGGUGGAGGCGGACUCGUUGCGCAGGGCGAUCGACGAGACGGAAAAGUCCCUCGACGAGCAGAGGGGGGCGACAGAAGCCGCGGAGACCAAGGCCAGGGGGCUGGGCGACGAACUGGACAGGGAGAAGGAUAGGAGCGAGGUCCUGAGGGUUGAAGGGGAGGGGCUGAGGGCCGGGAUCGAGGAGGAGAGGAGACGGGCAGCCGGCGCGGAGGCGGAGGUCGGGGAGCUGAAGUCGCGUGUGGAGGAGACGGAAGCGGUUUUGGAGGAGAAGUCCCGGCUGGCGGACGACUUCCGUCGCGAGUCGACGGCCCUGGGAGACGCGCUGAAGGCGCUGAAGGCGGACUCGGCCAAGAUGGCGGAGGACCUGGCGUCGGCGGCGUCAGCGGCGUCGGCGGCGAGGGCCAAGAGCGAGGCGGAUCUGGCAAAGGUGAAUGCGGAGCUGCAGGCCGCGCGGGAGCAGGCGAGUGGGUUGAGGAAAUCGCUGAGCGAGGCGGACGGGGAGCUGGCGAGGCGCGAGGGGCUGAUCGGGCAGCUCAGGGGCAGGCUGGAGGCGGCGGAAGGGGAGGGUAGGGCCCUCAGGGAGGAGGUUGCGGCGCUCAAGGCGUCUGCCGAGGAGCGGGAGAUCGAGGCGGCCAAGGGGUACGAGGCGAGGAUCAAAUCGCUGGGGGAGGAGGUGGAGUUGAUGCGGGCCCAGGCAAAGGAGGCGGAGGGCUUGGCUGCGGUCAAAGAGGAGGAGAACAGGGAGGUGAGGGGGGAGCUGGAGCAGGUGAGGCAGGAGUACCUGAGGGCCACGGAGGCGAUGGAGAUGGAGCAGAACGCCGGGAUGGAGGCCAAGAAGGAGGUGGAGAGACUGACGGGGUUGGUGGCCGGCCUGGAGGCGGACAAGGGGACCAUGGGCCCCAGGAUCCGGGAGCUGGAGAACGAGGUUCGGGCGGCACGGGCGGCCACCCGGCAGUCGGAGGAGAUGCUGAUGGCCGAGCGGGCGGCGCGGGAGGACGCGACGCUGGCGGCGAGCAAGCUGCAGGCGGCUAUCGCGAGCGUGAGCGCGGAGGUGGGCGAGGCGCAGAGGGUCGCUGAGCGGGUCAGGGCGGAGCUGGAGGAGGAGCGGUGCGCACGGCAGGAGGCGGAGGCCCUUGUGGCGGAGCUGCGGGAGCAGCUGGAGGCCGCCGGCAGGCUGGAGGAGGCCAGGGCCGACCUGGCGGGUUGA